AGAUAGUGUACAGAACUUUACGCAUACUACUUAAGGUCAUCGUUUUAUCGCCAUGAAAAAGUAAAGGUGAAUGGAACACCGGAAGUACAUUUGACAGGAUUCAGUAAUAUGAAACCCACACAAAAGAUCAUAUCCUUUAAAUAUAUCAAUAAAAAAGUUCUACUUAAUGUUCUGUGUACGUGCAAAAAUAUCGGUUAAUGUUUUGAUACACCUUACGGGAUUUAUACGAACUACAAAGUACAGUUACCACUGAAUGACGUGUUACGCAUAUUUCUUGAUUGUAAAUUGUAAAUAUAUUGAAAGUAGGUUAAUUAGGUAACAUAAUAAACGUGUAGCCAUGACGGAUGAACUGAAAUUAGAUCACCGAGCAAAAAAAAGGAUCAAAGAGGUUAAGAGGAAAGCUAGACCAGAACUUGGUGAUAAAGCAACUUGGAUCCAACAUGGCUACAGUAAAAAAUUUGAAUCUUUUUGGAAUUUUACGGAUAAUGUGGAUCGUAUUGAGGAAUCCAAAGUGGCUACAGAAGAAUUUAUAGAGAAAUAUGAGAAACCUUACAAGCCUGUGAUAAUACAAGGUGUUCAAAAUGGCUGGAAAGCCCAAUACAAGUGGACUAUAGAGAGAUUAGUAAAAAAAUACAGGAAUCAAAAAUUUAAAUGCGGCGAAGACAAUGAAGGAUAUAGCGUGAAAAUGAAGAUGAAGUACUAUGUACGCUAUAUGCUUAAUAAUGAAGACGAUUCGCCUUUGUAUAUCUUUGAUAGUUCCUUUGGUGAACAUCCUAGACGAAAAAAAUUAUUAGAAGAUUAUGUUAUUCCUAAAUAUUUCCGCGAUGAUCUUUUCCAAUAUGCCGGUGAACAUCGAAGGCCACCAUAUCGCUGGUUCGUUAUGGGGCCUGCAAGGUCUGGUACAGGCAUACACAUAGAUCCGUUAGGAACGAGUGCCUGGAAUGCACUAAUUUCUGGACACAAACGAUGGUGUCUAUUUCCUACACACACUCCUCGAGAACUUCUUAAAGUAUCUGCAGCCGAGGGCGGUAAACAAAGAGACGAAGCUAUUACAUGGUUUUCCAUUAUUUAUCCUCGUACAAAAUUGACCACCUGGCCACAAGAUUGUUUACCAAUAGAGAUUUUACAAAAUCCCGGUGAAACUGUUUUUGUUCCUGGUGGAUGGUGGCAUGUUGUUUUAAAUCUUGAUGAAACUAUAGCUGUUACUCAAAAUUUCUGUUCCCGUACAAAUUUCCCAGUAGUCUGGCAUAAAACGGUAAGAGGGAGACCAAAAUUAUCACGUAAAUGGUUAAAAGUACUCAGGGAUAAAGAGCCAGAAUUAGCAUCACUUGCUGAAACUAUAGAUGUAAAAGAAGACACAGGUGUUGCCAGUGAUUCUUCUAGUGGUUCUUCAAGUAGCUCCUCGAGCAGUAGUAGUAGUAGUCAAUCAGAAGAUAGUGCAGAUGACAGUGGUCAAGAAUCAUUGACAACACAUAAAAAGAAGAAGAGAAGAAAACUAAAUAACAGCCAACCCUGACAAUAUCAAGCAUUUGGGACCUACAUAGACCUCAGACUGUACAGUAUUAACCAACAAUUAUUGUUUGUACUAAGAGUAAAUAUUAUAAUUAU